AUGUUAACGAAGAAAACCAACCGCCGAAAUUUUUUACUAGGAAGCGGUGGAUGGCUUGAAGUUAACGAGCUAACAUGGUUGGCAAGAUCAGCAAAUGGAACCCAAAAGGAGCUCUGGAUCAUGGAGAAGAAGGCUCUGUUUGUAGCUUUAUCAGUAUAUGUUGCAGGGGCAUUAGGUGCUUUGCUUCUGAAGAAUUGGAGGAAGGCUGACAGUGAAAAUGAUUUCGUGGUGCUUUCAAGUUAUUUUCCAGAGGAUCCCAUUUUGGAUGCCUUGAAAUCUUAUGGUGGUUUGGUGUUGGAUGGUUUUCUGUUGCCUCAAAUUCUUCUCAACAUGUUCUGCAAAUCAAAGGAAAAGGCUUUGUCUGUUUCAUUCUACAUUGGAACAACUUUCGUUCGAGCAAUGCCACAUGCAUAUGAUCUUUACAGGGCUCAAAACUCUGCUCAUCACCAGUUGCAUGAGUCAUACCUUUAUGCAAGUCCUGUGGCAGACUUUUUCUCCACUGCUUGGGAUGUCAUUAUUCCUUUUGGGGGUUUACUUUUGGCUGGGAUCAUUUACUUGCAGCAGAAGUUUGGGGGUCUUUGCAUUCUUCCUCAAAAGUUGAGAGAGUUGGGUGAAUAUGAGAAGGUCUCUACUGUUACUGAAGGUUAA